GUAGCUCAAAUGCUCAAUAUCCACGUCAGGAUAGUUGGUUAUCCAUGUGGAUCUUAAAAUGCAACAUUCGCCAUGUCAUGGGCUUUAGCGCCACCUCACUUUGGCGCAAAAGUGUUUCCCGCCUUCCUGGUUACCAAGGAAAGGCUCGAAUUUGGUUCGGUGCUGUAGCUUUUGGCGCGCCAGGGAACGGAAGCUGGAAUUCUUUGGGUGAUCAGUCCCAUUUCCUCGUUCCGGCGCCCAAUCGGGCUACCCAUCAGUGGAAUCGAAUCACACGUUUGGAGUCUUUUCCGGCUAUUCACAAUUUUGCUAUGUGUAAUGCCUGCGGUAGUCAAGCAAUUGGAAGCGUUUAGUGAUUGUCAGUUGAGCAAUUCUCCGGAACUACAAGUUUGGAGGAAGGGGAAAAUGCCACGUAAUCAAUCCAGCCGAACAGAUCCGGAAGGGAAGUAAUCCCUGAGGGCGCAGUAUCCAUAUGAGUCAUUAAGAAAUUUUUGACAACAUCACACUGUCGACAACCUCCGGAGAACGGCAGAAGAAAUGGACGAGGAAGGCCUUGCGACUGUUUGUUCUACUCUCGGCAUCUUCCAGGAGAAUGGAAAUGGUCAUGAUAUUUAUGUAAAGCACUCUGAUUGCUUAGAGAGUUUAAAGGAUAUCCAGCGAUACAUGAGGCGAGACCACCCGGAGAGCAGAGAUAUUUUCAUGCAGCUUGGGAAAUGGAACAUUAUACGCCGAGAUAUAGUGCCUCUUAUUGUUCGCUACAGCGAGGACCACGAACUAGUUCUGAACUGCGUGAAGGUCUUAGUUUUCCUGACAAUGCCGAUUGAUCCCUCAUCAAACCAAGUUUCCCUUCAAGUCGAAUAUUUGCAACACUUCCGAGCGGCUCUCUUGGACGAUGAUACCAUUCCAGUUAUCAUGUCUUUGUUGGAAGAUCCUCUACAACGCCUUGAAAGAGGGACUCCCAAGGAUGAUGAUUGGAGAAUGUUUCAACUCUUCCUCACUCUCCUGCGAAACCUUCUCGCUAUCCCAGACUCCUUCACUCACCAUAUCUCCGCCUCAACCCAGUUUGCCUAUCUGAAGGAGAGGUUACUUGAAAUUUUAUUUAAAGAGAGCGUCAUGGAGCUGGUGGUUGCACUCACCCAGCACACCGCUGGCCGUCAUGGCGGACUCCGACAUGAUAAUCAUCUAAUUCUGGAGCUAAUCCACCACGUUUUGAUGGGUCAACGACCGGAUGUCGUUGCCGCCGCUGCAGAUGAGCAGUUUAAGGUUAAAAAUCAAGCCGAAAAAUCAUCUGAGACUCUGCGAGCCCUGAUGUACGAAGAAAAGGCGCAGCUGAAGAGUGCAAAACACGAUCCAGCCCUUCAUUCACCCUUCAGUGGAAUGUUUGUUCGUGUUGCCCAGGAUGGAACGAAGACUAUCUUGACAAGAACUCCGCAUCAGUCACCUCUAGAGAACCUCCAGCGUAAGCCACAAAUUAAGCGAGGUCCGGUGAAGCGGGUUGUUCCUGAAAAUCACCUACUGCGGCCAACAAAUGACCACCUGCAAGUUUUGUUAAAAGAUUUUGUAACCGAUUUUCUUGCCAGUGGGUAUAAUGUUCUCAUGCAGACUAUCAAAGACGAUAUACGGAGGGAGAGGCCGGAGAAUGAAGCUAUCGAUCCUGUGCCUUUUUUUCAAGUUGUUCAGUUUUUCACUGGAUAUCUCUGCCGUGUUGCGCAGAAGGAUCAGGCCAAGAGUAGACAAUCAUCUUCAUCGGUUGAAGAUGAGAUUCCUUCUCAGAAACAUAUGUGCGGCUCCAUUGCCUCAACUAUGGACGAAGAAAUGUUUUCUUUGGUGAGGUCAAAGUGGUGCCUGUAUAUCGACGAAGCUCAGACGACCAAAGAUUGGGGCCCGGUCGCUGCCGGGGUUGCAGUGAUGAAGGACAUGAUACAUAUGCUUGAUAUUGUCCUGAAACGUUCCGGCCCAAUGACAGCAGAGGGUCUACAAGAGCUUCGUACUGCCCGUAUUUUGGUCUACAAGGUUUUCUAUGAUCAGACAGAAACUGGUAUUCUUCAGACGGUACUUUCUCUGCUUAAAGGCUUUGACAUCCACAAGCAACCCCGGAGCUUCUUGUCGGAUCUUGUGGAGAUAACGCACAUUGUCCUUCGUAUCCUGGAGGAUGCAACGAAAGAAGGAACUCUUCGGGUUUUGCAGAAGGCGCGAAGAGUCAGCAAGAAGGCCAAGUCGGCCAUAAGGAAGGCUGAAAAAGUUCCGCCAGGUCCCCCUCUGGUCACGGAAGCGCCUGAUGUGGAAGAGAGAGACAGUCAUGAGAUAGCUAAGACUGAUGAGAAUACCUCUAGUUUUGCAGAGGAACUGUCAGGAAUUCCUGACACUGAAACUUUUUCUCUUGAUGGUGUCGGAGUUUCCGACCGUGCCCAAGAAGCCACUGCAGCUGGUCCUACAGAUAACUCGACCACAGGAAACACUGAAGCCUGGGGUGAUAACGCCGAAGAGGUUGGCCGAAAUCCAGCCGAAAUAAUUCCAGACGAGGAUAAUGAUGACGACGAUGAUGCAGAACUAGAGUCGAUGACGAAAGAAGUCAGCCUCGAUGUCAAUCAGUUGGUGUUUCGGAGGUUCGCUGACAAUACAAUAGUUCGAAACUAUUGCUGGUUGCUAAAAUACUACACAAGCAACCGUGUCACUACCAAUUACUAUGUGGUGCGCAUGUUGCAGCGAAUCUGUGAGGACCGCGUGCUAGAACCUAUGCUCUAUCAGCUUUCAAUCUUUCAUACUUUCUACACGAUUCUCUCGGACAAGCAGCUGCAAGUGACGAAAGACCACAAGUUUGUAGUUGGAUUUCUGACGAAAGUGGUGCGGGGGUUUUUCAAAAAACUGAAGAAUCAGCCAAUGCUGUAUAUUGAGCUUCUCUUCUGGAAGCUCAAACACGAGUGCCACAAUAUUUCUGCAGACUACAUGAUUCACAAACUAAAGAAGGCAGUCGGUGGUUCCUCGAAGGGGCCACAACGGAUUAACAUCGCCGACGCUUUGGGUGAUGAUGAGGAUUCUGCGCUACAAAUGAGAGCAGAGGAAGGGCAUGGCCGGUCUGGAGCAGAAGGAGACGAUCAGGAUGCUUCUGAGGAUGAUGAUCAUUGCGACUCACGUACCGUAAAUGAAUGCAGUCCUUUAUCUGAGUCCCAGGAGGCACAAAUCAAGGAGCUUUUCUUUAAGUUCAAGGACAAGCACGACUACGCCUCGCUCAUCGCCCAUGAAGUUGAUUCCUCAUCUGGAAUUACAGUAGAACAGGUCAAACGGAAGCUCCGAGACCUGGGUCUUUUGGAACAUAAAGGGAAAAGAAGAAGACCAUCGGAUGCUCAAGAGACAAACCAGUAUCAAAAGCGAGGGAGAAUCGAAAGCGGAAAGCCGAAGAGAAAGAGUUCAAAUGGCGUCGGAAGCAGGAAGAGAAAUAAGAGCAGUCUCUUCACCGAGCUCCAAGACGAAGAGCUAAAAGUGCUCUUUGAAAGACAUUGCACCAGUAGACAGUGUUCAAGGACCAUAGCGGAAAGCUUCGGAGGACAGUUUACACCAGCCCAGGUAUCCAGAAGGUUGCGGUCUUUGGGUUUGAUGAGGCAGAAGCCCAAAAGUAAACUCGAAGCUUUUCUUUCCAACGUGAGAGAUGCUGAUGAAAGUGGAGAUAGUGACCGAGAGAUUGCUGAGCAAAAGGGAGCAAGGAGCGGAUCUCCUCACUCUCAAACUACCAGUUCCUUGGAUCCACCAGAUGACCUGGAGGAUGAGGACGAUGAUGAUGCACCUCUUGCCUCCUUACUCAACCCAGCAGCAUUCUCUGGCGAAGCUACCACUUCGCGUACCCAGGACAAAGAGCUGCCUUACAUCGAGCCUUCCCGGUUAGAUAUGAGGGCCACUUUCGGCAGAGGCGCAAGAAAGAAAAGUUUUAGCCCAAAGGGCAAGGAAAUAGCUACAUCUUCCGUCAGUGAUGAUGAUCUAUCCCUCAGUCUGGCUGAAGCCAAAACGGGGCUUCUAAGAUUGAAGAGGAAUGCCGAGGCAUCGACAUCUAAUUCAGCUGUCAUUGAGAUGGACGACCCAACGGAGGGACCUUUUGAAGAAAAUGCUCCGGACAAAGGCUUUUCAGGGGAUGCCGAGGGGUCCCGUCCAAACGAAGACGUACCGACUGGUCUACCGGACUAUCAUAAACAGAAAGCAAGCGCUGUUUUCGAAGAUGAACGACCGCCUUCAAGGGCAGAGGUACUUGCUCCAGGACUUCAUGCAUCCUGGAGUGCAAGCACGAGAAAGAAACCGCUUUCUGAGAACCAUGGGGAUGGGGAUCAGGUGGCCUCUGAAAGUUCAGUAGAUGGCCUACGUCUGUCAGUCGACCACACUUCCGAAUUAACGUCGAAGGCCCCACUUUACGAAGCCUCUCCAACUUCUGGAGCUUCGAUAGCUAGUCAGGCAAGUCCUGCAAGGAGACAGGAAACUCCAAGCAGCAAGUUGGACCUUGCUUCGACCAGUGGAAGGCAUGUAGACAGUCAUAAAAAUGCCGAAGAAUCUGGAAAUGUCCCACUCCCUAACUUUACGACUGAAGCAUCACCGACUGCCGGGCAGAGAGCUUCCGAUCCUGUGAGCAGUGGUGGGUUUUCCCAACGAGAUGUCCCUAAGGUUUCAAAGCGAAGAAGGCUUGCCAGAAAGCCAGCGAAUUUCCAAGUCUUAGAGGAUGAGUAUGAGGACGACGCUGCUGGUCUUUCGAAACAAGACGUCACAUCCGACAAGGCAUUUGCUUCUUACGAAGCUUCGGAGGAUGAUGGACUGAAUGACUUCUGAAAAGAGAAUAUGCGGCAGCCACUGUCGUAGUCAAUGUACAAUAUGUAUGUACUUUUCCUUUCCGACGAUUAACAGGUGACAUGAGAGACAAACUUUUGGUUCAGAACCAAAAGGGAGCCAAUAUCAUCAUCAAUUUUGCGAUGGUGAUACAUUUGAAGCUGCAAAGACAGUCAUCGCGAAGGACUGGAACUGAAGUUUUGACACGGAUGGUUAACCUGUGCGAUUCUUUCCUAGUGCCCAUACACCAUGGAGGUACUCAGGACAUUGUAAUUACUGUAUUAUAGUUACUGGAAAGAAAGCUGUACUAUUAUUAAUAGUACAACUUUCUUCUCGGAUAAUACGGAGUCAAUAGAAGUUCUCGAUAGAUAUUUACUGGAGCAAAAUUUCUCGGUUUUAUGGUUCGAUAGAUAUUUACUGGAGCAAAAUUUCUCGGUUUUAUGGUUCACAGGACGGGUAGCGAAAUGAAAAAUAUCCUCGCAGAGUGGAUGCAAGGCCCUCAAUGUAGGUCAAGGUUGUUGUGUUCCCUACCAUUCUUUCUGUGAGUAGUUUUUGGUACCUCUCAAGUUUUUUGUCCGAAGCGCAUGGUGCUGUACAUGUAAGCCCAUACCUUGUAUGUAGUGUUUGACUGCUUGUCAUGGAUCGUUUGGUCAAUAUAUUGUGGCACUGUUAUGCUGCCUCGU